GUUGAUUAUGACAAAAUUUAUACAUGAUAAUUGCAUAUAAUAUUAUAUUUUAUGAUUGUAUAAUAAUUUAGUUGCACUUCAAAAUUGACUAAUGUUGUAUUUUUUAAUGAACCGUAAAAUAUUUAAUUACUGUUCGUGUGGUUGAUGUUUGCCAGUUGAAACUGCAAAUAUUUCCGGAUUAAAUAUUUCAUACGAGGCCUUGUAAAGCAGAUUUAAAAAAUUUAAAAAGAUGAGUGAUGAUGAUAGGGACAUUGAAUUGGAAACGGCGGAAAAACGAGCACACCAUAAUGCUCUAGAAAGAAAACGACGUGAUCAUAUUAAGGACAGCUUUACCAGUCUACGUGAUUCAGUUCCAUCAUUACAAGGCGAAAAAGUAGCCAGCCGUGCACAAAUAUUGAAAAAAGCAGCAGAUUAUAUACAGUUUAUGAGGCGCAAAAAUGUAUCGCAUCAACAAGACAUUGACGAUCUCAAAAGACAAAAUAACAUACUCGAAUCACAGAUCAGAACAUUAGAAAGAGCGAAAGCAACGGGAAAUUACGCUAUGGAAUCUAGUGAGUUGGCACUGGACGUUUCAGGAUCGGAGAAUUCAGAUGUUUCUGACGGUGAAUUACAAAAGUCUAAAAGAAGACUAAAAAAACAAAAAUUUGGUUAUUAAAUUCUCAUUGAUUUAAUAUAUGUAUAUAUUUAUUUUACAUUGAGAGGUAAUCUUUGCUCGAUUUUCACACUUAUACGUUUAACAAUAAAAAAAUGUGUAAUCAUUUUUACUUAACAUACGCUUUUUGAUUUAUAUGCAAAUGACAUCAAAACAUUGGUAUUAAAAAUUUUAGGUCAUUUUUCAAAUGUUGCUUGUAGAUUCUAUGAUACAAUUCUGAAGUUGUUUUUUAUGAUUUGUUUCAUAAACAUAAUAAUAUUGUCUUAUUAUUUCGAACGCCUUUACAUAACUUUUCUUUCAAAAAAAAAAAAAAUGUUUUUUCCUUAAACCAAAAAUAAUUGGUUAACAACAAUUAAUAAUACUUCUAAACAUAAAAAUAGUGAAAUGGAUAACGUGUACAGUUAUUUUACCAUUAUUUUCAGGAGUAUAGGACUUAAAUAUUUAUCGAACAAUCAAUAACUAUAACUUAUAACCAUAAUGCGUAAUACUUAAUCAGUAAAAUUGUUUUUAUGAUAUUUGUUCGCAAUGACCUACCUAUGCUCUAGUAUUAUCUAUAGUAUUAGUCAACAUUUUUAUAGUACAUAAAAAUUAAACUAUAACCAGGGCCGGAUUGGGAUGAAAUAAAGGUCUGGGCGAUGAUACAAUUAGGCCUACUCGGUUAAAAUACUUAGAAAUAAUAAAUUCUAUAAACUCAAGUGGCCUAAAAUCUUAUCAGCCCUUGGCGAUUACCUUUCUGCUUUCCCACCCAGACUACAACUCUUUAAUUCUAAUUUUGAUAUAAGAACAUUUUAUUAUAUCAUUUUUAUGUUUUGCAUGUAUAAAAUAUUACACUUACUAUGCCAAAAACUUAUGAUUGGUUUGUAGUGAUUUGAAAACUGUGCAAAUUUAUUGUUGUUUUUUAUUUUUAUUUAAAUUUUUAAGUUCAUAUUAUUAAUGUAACUUUAAGUUCUAGUUGAAGACAUGUUCAAAACUAAUAGCGUGUUCACUGUUGUUAUAAUCUGUCAACUAUCAACCAAUGUAUAGUUAUUAGUGUAUUUUAAGUAGUUAGGUAUUAAGCUUAAUCUUUCUAAAGACAGUUGUAAACCUUUGGACAAGACAUGUUUUUAAUCUUUAUAAUAAAUUGUAUGGAGUUUA